AUGGGCAACAUGGAAGGCGUGGUGUUCAAAGACUGCAGCCGCUAUGACGGCGUUACAACGUAUGACCUGGUUUGGUUCGUCACCCCAGAGUUUCCGCAGCCAUCCAAGCGGUUGACCAAGGACCAGCACCGCGCCCAGAUGCGGCAAAUGAUCGGUCAGAUGCAGCCCAAAGUCUUGAUGUACAUGGUGCACAACGGUCACAUGAAGAAUGAUGACUGGGAGAAGAUCAAGUCCCUGGCCAGCCCCGACGUGCCCGUGCUCACGCUGGCGCCCCACGUCGCCGCGAGCAUCGGCGACCGCGGGCUGCCGCUGCCGCCGGACUGGAUCCUGCCGAUCUUCCCUUUCGACCCGCCGAACCCCUGCACCCUGGCCGACCUGAAAGCGGGGCGCCAGUGCAUCCGGGGGUUCUCGGUGCAGGGUCGAAUUGAGAAGAGCCGGCGGAAUUACACGCAUGUCUGGGAGCAGAUCGGCGGCCACAAGCGGCGGGCGUCGAAGAUGUCCGUGGCCAACUUCCGCCUCAACAUCCUGGGGGAGACGGUGGAGGCGUUCAGCGUGCCAGCGGACGUGCGGGACCUUGUGGCCGUAUACAAGAACCCGCCCUAUCCCAUAUUCUACGAUGUUGUUCACCACAGCUUCGCACUGGUGCCCAUGCUGGCCAGUGGGCUCUAUUACAAGUCCAAGUUUAGCAGCACGGUCCUGACAUCCCUGAUCACAGGCGUUCCCAUCAUUGCGGAUGAACGGAUGCUGCAGGCCUACUCAUUCCUGGAGCGCAAGGCGGUUUUCUACCAGGACGACUCCCAAACGGAGCUGGACGUUAUGUUUGCAGUCAGCAAGAUGAAGCCGGACGACAUGUGGCGCGCGCGGUCCGGCGUGGCGGAGCUGCGCCGGCGCAUGAACGAGCGCGCGAAGAAGAUGAUCACGGGCUGGCUGGAGGCCAAGGGCGUCGCAGUAGAGCCCGAGGAGGCGCGGCGGCUGCUGCUGCAGCGACGGCGAGACGUGCUUGCUGUGCCGGAGGGGCCGGCGGCGGGCGCGCUGGUGGCCGAGGGGCCGGGGUCGGUGCGGGAGGGCGCGGGGCGGGAAGGCGCGCAGGUGUGGCCACAGGUGCUGGGGCCGAGGGGUGACCCAGGGUCGGGGAACGUUGGACCAAGUGCGCAGCGGCAGCCGCAACAGGCGGGGGAUGCGGCCAGCAAACCUCAGGCGUUUGACAUGCACACGUUGCACGAUGAAGUGAAGUAA